UGGCGGGUUGUUGGUGUUUACGUGAAAUAUUUUCGUUUUGAUUUCGUGCGUUUUUUAUCGUGCCUCGGUCGAAUUAAAUAUCCUGAAGGAUUAAGGAAAAGUUUUCGUGCAUGAAAAUAACUCAUCCAGUUGUCAAAUUCUAGGCAGAAAAUGCCUCCGCUUUCUGGAGGGUUCGGUGAACAAAUUGAGGAAUACCAAGUCUUGAAUCUACUCGGAAAGGGUGGUUUUGCAAGCGUUUACAGAGCAAAAUGUCUACGAACCGGGAUGGAAGUCGCUAUCAAAAUGAUCGACAAAAAGCUUACACAAGCAGCAGGAAUGGAGGGUAGAGUAUACCAAGAGGUUGCCAUACACUCCCGACUGAAGCAUCCCGCGAUUCUGGAAUUGUAUGCAUUCUUUGAGGAUGCAAAUUAUGUUUAUUUGGUCUUGGAGUUAUGUCACAAUGGGGAGCUCCAUAGAUUUCUCAAAGCUCAAGGAUCGUUGGCUCUUCCUGAAGAACAAGCUGGACGCAUAAUGAGGCAAGUGGUACAGGGUCUUUUGUACUUGCACUCGCAUCAGAUACUUCACAGGGACAUGUCUCUUUCAAAUUUGUUACUCACCAGAGAUAUGCAAGUGAAAAUUGCUGAUUUUGGAUUAGCUACGCAACUCACUCGACCAGAUGAAAAACACCUAACAAUGUGCGGUACACCCAAUUAUAUAUCACCCGAGGUUGCUACAAGGGCUUCUCACGGUCUCGAAGCUGAUGUCUGGAGUCUGGGAUGCAUGCUGUAUACUUUGUUGAUUGGGAAGCCCCCAUUUGAUACGGAUGCUGUGAAAAGUACCUUGACACGCGUAGUAAUGGCGGAUUAUGCGAUGCCGAGUCAUUUGUCGGACAACGCAAAGGAUUUAAUCGAUAAGCUUUUAAAAAAGAAUCCUCGCGAGCGGAUAAAAUUGAGGGAUAUCUCAAAGCAUCCAUUCAUUGCCUCGUUGGAUAAAGAUCGUCCUUACCAAGAAAGAUUAGGAAUGGGGAAAGAAAUAUCAGGUGAAGGAACGAUCGAUUCUGGUUUGGGCCGAACUCUUUCUUCCUGCGGUCGUUUGACGAGAAUACGAUCGCGUUCAGAAGAGAGAGCCACAUCGGUGCCCCUGCUGAAUGCGCUAGGGCCUCAAUUUAGUGCUCGUAGUGAGCCAAUCGCUGAUUCAAUAUCUCGGAAUCCGCCAUUGAAUCGACAAAAACGAGAAGGUGAACGAUGGCGAGAAUCUCGUGAUGAUAAUUCUAUUCUCUUCGGUAUUCCCCAACCCCCCCGAAGUCGUAUUUUCUCCGAGACCUCUCAACACAGCAAUUGCGAAGUGAGGGAACAAUCGAGCUGCCAGAGAGCCGAUCGACCGAGGUUGCGCGAUCGAGACGCGGAAAAAGGCCUCGAUUGCCAGAACGAAGCAAAUGGAAAACUCGAAAUUCCACCCUUAGAUUCUACUCGACUUCAAGCUUCCCGGCAUCGAACCAAAAAUGCUAUUCUUUCGAUUCUUGACAACGGCGAAGUUUGCAUUGAAUUCGUGAAGAAAAAAGGAGGAGACGACCGGGUGAGUGAAGUUUGCCGUAUAUCCAGCGAUGGUUUACGAAUCGUACUUUACAAACCUGAUAAUCAUCGCGUAAGUAGCGAACCUCCGCCAUUACCGAGUCGAGGAGCAGAUGCUAUUCACUCGUACGAGAGUCUGCCGGUUAAGCAUCAUCGCAAAUAUUUGUACGCUGCACGAUUUGUUAAACUUGUACGCGCCAAAACUCCCAAACUCACGCUUUACACAAAUAAAGCGAAAUGUUUGUUUAUGGAGAACGGUCCCCAUCCCGACUGCGAGGUUCACUUUUUCGAUCAAGUUAAGGUAACUCAAGUUGAUUCGGUUAUCAAAGUAACAGAAGAGACCUCCGGCAGGUGUUAUGCAGAGGGUGAUAUUCCACGGGAACUAGAGGAAUACCACGAGUAUUACAACGAGAUGUAUCAGCGCUGUUUACUCCUCGAAUCGAGUUUGACUUCCCUUGAAUCAGCGACUGGACAUUCCUAUUUUCCAGCAAUUAUAGGACGGCGGCCAAUCACGGCCCUUAACGACACACCCUGCAUGCAGGACAAAGAAAAUAUUUCUCGGACAACCAGCAGUCCCCCAGUGAUGCCCUCGUUUGAUGGCACGUGCUCUGUUGUCUCAACCGUUACGUCGAGAUCACGACGUUCGAAUUCACUCCGCGCCUCAUCUUGUAGUAUGAACAAAGUUGCAGUUCCUGGAAUUGGAGUCGCAACUCAAUUGCCAUCCGGUGACGUUCGAGUUAAUUACAAAGACGGCUCCACUCUCACUGUAAGCCCGCAGAGUUUUGGGGGUGGAAUUAUGUACGAGAGCAAUGCCGGGAUCGUCACGAGAUACAAUCAAAAUUAUCAACAAACGAGUCAAGUUCCGUUUCAAAUAAGAGAAAAAUUGAAACAUUUGCCUAUGGUUAUAAAACAUUUGGUACAACCUAAGGCAAAAAAUUUACGAUAGCUCACACAUGAUUGAGUUGGACGAAUCUCUUAGCCUCGUUUACAAACUACAUCCCAAACAGCACCAAGAACGGAAACAAGACGAAGAGUUGAAACACAUUUUAUAGUUAAGAUUAUUACGAACAAUUGUAGAAUAUAUAUAUCUAUAUAUUGAAAAAAAAAACUAAUUUUAUACCUGAAUGCAUUAUAUGGAGUUGAAAGAAA